UCCAAACCCACCUUUGGAACAAGCCCCGACAGAGGGAUCUGGCUGCUGACCCAGUCCUGAGCGACACAUGAUGGAGGAAGGAGGGAUCCCAGUUGCCAUGGCAUCCGAGAGCGAGAACACGGAGCGCGGGGAUCAGACGGUGCCCGAUGGAGAUGAAGGAGGCAGCAACGUCAAAGUCAUCCAGUCUCAUUACCUCCGCUGUCCCUCCCCCAGCAAUUUCUCCACAUCAUCUGAGUCCAGGUUCUCCAUGAUAUCUGGUUCUGACGCUGAGAGCAUCUUUAUGGAGCCCAUCCACCUCUCCUCUGCCAUCGCUGCGAAGCAGAUCAUCAAUGAAGAGCUGCCACCUCGCAGUGUGCGGGUCGAGUCCAUCCCAGAGUCCAUGCUGGAAACUGCAGAACAGCUGAUGGUGGAGGACCUCUACAACCGGGUCAAGGACAUGAUCGACGACCGCAGCCCGUACAACACCCCCUGCGUCCUGGACAUCCAGCGGGCCCUGGUCCAGGACCGUGUGGAGGCCCCCAUUAAUGCCGUGGACGAGGUGUGGCCCAACAUAUUCAUAGCCGAGAAAUCAGUGGCGGUCAACAAAGCUCGACUGAAGCGCAUGGGGAUCACCCACGUCCUGAACACCGCCCAUGGCACAGGCGUCUACACAGGCGAGGCUUUCUACACCGGCAUGAAUAUCCAGUACAUGGGCAUCGAGGUGGAUGAUUUUACAGAUGUGGACAUCUCCCCUCACUUCCGGACGACGGCUGAAUUCUUAGAUGAGGCCUUGCUGACGCACAAAGGUAAGGUACUUGUGGACUCUAUGAUGGGCAUGAGUCGCUCUGCUGUCCUGGUGGCAUCCUACCUCAUGAUCUUCCAGCACAUGACCAUCAUGGAGGCCCUGACAACACUGAGGAAGAAACGUGCCAUCAGUCCCAAUGAGGGCUUCCUGAAGCAGCUGCGAGAGUUCAACGAGACACUCAUGGAAGAGCGUGACGACGAUGAUGACACCCUCAGCCAGUGCUCCGUCAUUGACGCGCGUGCCCGUGCUCGCAUCUUCGGCGAGGGCGCUGUCAAUGACGAUGAUGACGAGGACACGGAGGAAGAGGGGGAGGAGCGGAGCAUGAUGGGUGUGAAAGCACACUCCAUCAUGAUGGAGGAAGAGGAGGAUGGGGCCAGCGUCAUGAGCAGUGUGGCCUCCAGCGCAGCUGCUACGGCCCUCAAGAGCGGCUGGACGGGAGUUACAAACAGGCCAGGCGACUCAGGAAUGACGGAACCCCAAGGGGAGCUUGUCCUACCUGGGACAGAGGGAGCAGAGCACAGGGAGGAGGAGGAUGAUGGCGUGGGGAGCAUGAUCCGCGAGUGGCAGCGGAGGAAUGAGAAAUACCAGAAUGAGGAAUGGUGGGAGGCACAGCUGAACAGCGACACAGAAGAUGAGAUGUCGCUUAUGGGGGAACAGCUGGGGAGGAGGACCAGGGAAGGUGCAGAUGCCGAUCUGGAGAGCAUCACGAGUGAGGAUGUCCGAGCGGUGAAAGAACGGGUGACGCGGCGAACCAGGCGACCGCCCUCUGACACCAUGUCGACCUCAAGCUGCACCAGCUAUUCCGACUUGUGGAAACAGCGCCUGAGAGAGAUUGAGGAACAGGCUGCUGCUCGUUACCGCGUUAAAGAUGAGGAUGGAGAUGGGGAAAGUACCGCCACAGAGGAGGGAGCAAAAAAGAUUGACGAAGACUUGGAGAGCAUUCUCUCUGACACCAGCUCCAUGUACAACUUCUGCCAGAAGAACAAGGAGAAGCUGACGCCUCUGGAGCGCUGGCGCAUCAAGAGAAUCCAGUUUGGCUGGAACAAGAAAGAUGGGGAGGAUGGAGAAAAAAGCUCCAUAGGAGGAGGAGAAGAUGAUGGUGAGGGAGAGGCUCGGACGCCGGCUUUGGAGGACGUCAACCUGACUGCCUACCAGACGUGGAAGCUUAAGCAGCAGAAGCGUUAUGGGGAAGAGAAUAAAGAUGAAAUCCUGGAGAUGAGCCGAGGCGAGGACUCAGCCACGGCCAAGAGGAGGCAGAGGCGCGAGGAGCUCCUGGAGCGUUCCCGGAAAACCCUGGAGGAGAGCCAGUCCAUGUGCGGUUGGGAGGCGGAGAGCUGCGUCAGUGGGGGAACCAUUCCUCUCUCUGCCUUCUGGGCUGGAGCCGGGGUGGCGGGCCCACCGAGCGUCGCCAACGAUGACAACAUGUCAAUGCUCAGUGGUAGGUCAUCCGUCAUUUCCUCCGUCUCGCAGGCUCGGAGUAACAGAUCGACACAUCCUAUGGGUCCACCUCACCCUAUAACUCCUGUCCCUCCCAUUGUUCCGGUGCCGACUGUCCAGGGCCCCGGAGGGGAACCCAUGGUCAACCUGGCCAGCAUACAGAACUGGAUUGCUAAUGUGGUCUCAGAAACGCUAGCUCAGAAACAAAGUGAAAUGAGCUUGCCUCCUCCAUCACGCGCAGGGUCAGUGCUCAGCUGCGGAGGAGCCUCCAGUGUGGUCUCAAGGCGUGGCGUGAAUGAUGACAAAGCAUCCAUGUUGAGCGGGGCAUCAUACUCCAGCGUACUGUCCCGUGCUCAUGCCGGGCGUACAGAGUCAAUUCUCUCGGAUGGCGGUUCAUCUGGUGUCUCAGGGCUCACAGGGCCGGGCUCCAGCCUUGCCUCCAGGAAAACUAAAAUCACCACCACCAGUGUUCCUCUGUACAGCCUCUUCCAAGACCAUGUCAAUCUAAGCAAGCUGGACUCCAUGGACAAGGAGAUGAAGUCUGAGAUGAGAGACAAGAUGGCUGUCUAUGAAAAGAAGAAAAUCCUGGAGGACAACAAACGCAGCACGCUAUACAAGAAGAAGAAACCAAAGGACGAUGAAGAUGAGGAGGAGAAGGAGGAGGAAGAGAGAAAGAGGAAAGAGGAGGACUUUCUCAAGGAAAAGAAGAAAAGAGCUGAGAAACUGACGAGGAGCUAUGGCCUCUCUGGGUGCCUGAAUCUCAACACGGCACUGGAGAAAGACAAGAACACCAGCAUCGACGACUGGCUGAAAAGCGUCAGGCCUCCACCGAGGAAACCCACCACAGACGGAGCAGAGCCCGACCCUUUGGAGGGCGCCUACGACGACCUUGAUGCGUCCGCCUCCGAAUUCGACUUCUCCAGUCGUAGGGCCUCCUGCACUGUCGAUGAAGAAGAAGAGGAGGGGGAAUACAACGUCACGUCCAGAUACAGGUCAAGGUUUCACACAGACUCCUCGAAUGGGGAUGUCAGCCCGGAGCGUCUUUACCGGGGCGCCGGGUCACCUUUGGGAACAGACUUUGCCUCUAACGGAUUCAAGCAGUCCACGAGAUCAUAUGGCACUUACGAAGAGAGCCGCAACGGGACGAGCAGCUACCGCGACUCCUCCACCAAGACGAAGUUCGGGCACCCCUCACGAUACGAGAGCGGUGGGACGGAGGGUGGGCGGAACCGAAGGGAGGUGGCAGGGGAAGAGGAAGAGGAUGAAGUCGCGGCCUUCAUUGCCCAGACCAGGCAGAGGAUCAGGUCUCGGGCCACCACCACGGAUUAUGAGAGCGACGAGGUGCUCACUGCGUGGAGGGCGCAGCAGGAAACCAAGUUGCAUGGCAGGAGCGAAUCAUAACAGCACGUACCCACGAAAUGGGGACGAUUUCCCUUUUGGUAGAGAGAAAAAUAAAAUGAGAAGUGAUCCCAAAUAGCGAUACUGCUUAGCGAGAGACAUCCACAUGCAAUUCUUUAAUUUGAAGUUUGUCUCAAAAGCAGUUACGACACAGUGUUGUGUCCCGUUGAUAUGAAUGACAUUUAUACCGUCAGAGAAAUAAGCACCUUUCCCGCCUCUGUAUUUUCUAUAAGAGAAAUAUGCAGCAUGCUGUGAUGUCUUCUGGUAAUGAGUAGAGAUACUGUUGUUCCUUUCAUUUAUUCUAGAUGUAACAUGUAGGGUUUCUACACUUUAAAGGCACUCUCGCUCUCUCUGAAUGUCCAGCUGAUGUUACCAUAAUAUGCUAAAGCGUCACGGGUCAUCUACAUAUCUUCACAAAUGAUCCUGUGCAAUUUCUGGAAGGAGAGGUCGAUCCAGUUUCUAUUGUUACAAUAUAUAUUUUGUUAUCGCAAUAAAUUAUCUG